GCUGGGGUCAGAGGUCAGGGUUCGGGUCGUGGGGCGGAGGAUAGAGCGGACGGGCGGGAGACGCCGGCGCCAGACGCGGAGGAAAAGGAGCUGCGACUUGACUAGCCUGCCCAGAGGCCGCCGAGCCGCGACGCCUGAGCCAGUGGAGCCGCCGUCGCCGCGCCCCCAUGGCGGCCGCCAAGGACAGUCAUGAGGACCAUGAUACCUCUACAGAGAAUGCAGACGAAUCCAACCAUGACCCCCAGUUCGAGCCAAUAGUUUCUCUUCCUGAGCAAGAAAUUAAAACACUGGAGGAAGAUGAAGAGGAGCUCUUUAAGAUGAGAGCAAAGCUAUUCCGGUUUGCUUCAGAGAAUGACCUUCCAGAAUGGAAGGAGCGAGGCACCGGUGAUGUCAAGCUCCUGAAGCAUAAGGAGAAAGGGACCAUCCGCCUUCUCAUGAGGAGGGAUAAGACUCUGAAGAUAUGCGCCAACCACUAUAUCACACCGAUGAUGGAGCUGAAACCGAAUGCUGGUAGUGACCGAGCCUGGGUCUGGAAUACCCACGCCGACUUUGCUGAUGAGUGCCCCAAGCCUGAGCUGCUCGCCAUCCGCUUCCUAAACGCUGAGAAUGCACAAAAGUUCAAAACAAAGUUUGAAGAAUGCAGGAAAGAGAUUGAAGAGAGAGAAAAGAAAGGACCAGGCAAAAAUGACAACGCCGAAAAGGUGGCUGAGAAGCUGGAAGCCCUUUCUGUGAAGGAGGCCAGAGAUGAGGCUGAAGAGAAAUCUGAGGAGAAGCAAUGAAUCACUCUCUGUCCUUUUCCUUUCUUUUUCUUUUUAAAAAUUUCCCCACCCUUUAAGGUUUUUAUUCUGUUUUGUUUUUACAAGGGACUUUAUAAAGAACUGAAUUCCAACCUUCAGGUUUUUUUUUUUUCUCUCCCUAAGUUUUGACACCAUUGAACAUGACUUCAGAAAUCCAUUCCCCAGUCAUGAAAAUGUACUGUGCUAACUUUCUUUUCCAUAGUGGAAACACUUAUUUAUAGUCAUCAAAAAUAGUGAAUAAAAAAUGCCUUUGAAAACCUGGA